GUACACAACACUAUCUAGUAAAAUAAUUGUUUGAAGGAUAAAUUAUGCAACAGAUCUUGAAUAUGCGCCCAUUCUGAGAUCAUUUUCAUAAUUUGUAUCCCAAUGACCAGCUUUGUUGAUGAAAAACUGCAAAAAACGUGUUUCAAACCUGGACUCUAAACUUUUUGCAGAAUCUUAAAGCGUCAUAACAAAAGACAAAUUAUUUUAUCUGCACUUUGGCCUCGGAUCCGAUUGAAAUUGUUUUGAUUUGUCCCAGUUUUCUAGACCCCUCACAAGUGUCACGGGCAUGCUCGCGGGUUUGGCGCGGCAGGUGUGAGCUUGAGGGCAAAUAUUAUCAGUGUAUUGAAACUUUGGUGGCAGCCUGUGUGUUUAUUGGCAGAAGCAACUGGAAAAUUAGUCAUGAACUUUCAAUUUUCGUUGGAUUCUAUUUUCCCUGAAGAUUUGAUGAUCAUCGGACGAGAUCUCACUCCAAAAGUGGUUGAUGGAUCCCUGAAUUCAUCAACUCCUUCAGAGUAUUACUACAAACACUUCUGCAGACUUGACCCAUCCAGCAAGAUGGCACUGGGUGAAGUGUUGGACAGAAUGGGAGCUGCAUCAGCACGUGCUCAGGGUCUCUCACAGGUCAUCACAACCAUGGAGAAGCUGAGGACUUCAGAGAAUCACAUUGUGUACAUUAUCACCAGGAAGCACCCUGACAGAUCGGUGGACGGCGCCGACAUCUGCGUGGGCUUUCUGAAGGUGGGCCGGAAGCGUCUGUUCAUCCUGGACUCGUCCGGUGGCCAGAACGAGGUGAUGCCCGUCAGUGUGCUGGACUUUUACGUGCACGAGUCGCUGCAGAGGCACGGCUACGGACGACAGCUGUUCGACGCGAUGCUGCAGACGGAGCGAGUGGAGCCGGUACAUCUGGCCAUUGACCGGCCCUCGGAUAAGCUCACCUCGUUCUUGGCCAAACACUACGGACUGCGACAGCCCUGCCCGCAGAUGAACAACUUUGUCGUCUACCCGGGAUUUUUCUCAGACCGCGAAGGUGACGCCCUGUUCAGUGUCCGUGUGGCGCCUGUCUCCCCGGCCUGGUGGCCGGCGGCCGGCCGUCGCUCAGCCACCGACCCCGCCGUGGAGCCCGUGUCAGCCUUUCAUUCUCCCGGCCGUCACUCGUUCGGCCGCCGAGGCUGUCGUCGGCUGGUGACCUCCUGUGUCCCUCCGACCGACCGGCGACUGGCUGCGGCGGCCGCUCGGGGUGGAUUACACCAUCCUCCAUCCUCCCCCUCCCGUCCCAAUCCUCUCUCCUCACCCCUCUCCUCCCCGGGUUCUGGUCAUCCUGGUAGAGCUCAUCCGGUGAUACCACAGGUCCCUGGGGUAGAGUCCACACCAGGGGAGGGGUCCUCACUGACUGAGACCGUAGGAGCUCCCCGGGUGGCGCGAAAUGUGGUGCAUCCUCUUCAGUGGCCGGUAAACGGGGAGAGGCCGGGUCUGGGUGCUGCGGAGGGUGCUAGGUCUGGGUCAAAUCUGAACCAGUCUCCGGUGGUUUCGGUCUCUCAGAGGGAUGGUGGGGUGGGAGGGGAUCAGCGUCAGAUAGAGCACACAUCAGGGGAUGUGCCUAUAGGAGGGACAAAACCGUCCGGAAAUGUUACCGAGAUGGUCGGUGAUCUGUCCGGAUCGAGAGAAGUUAGCUCAGCGGGGAGAUCUGCGAAAGCUACAUCGGUCAACUCAGGAGGGUUUCUCCCCGCAAUAUCCCCGCAGAAAUUCAACAACCCUCCCUCGGGUGGGCCAUUUCCCUCUCUACCUUCAUUAAAACAUGGUGUUCCCUCCCACCCGGAUGGAUCUUCCAUUGACCGCAGAUCAUCGACUGCAUCCCCUCAUCGUUCUAGUCCCGUCACCCACCUCGACAGCUGUCCCACUGGGAGGGGUUUCCCGCCUCCCCACCCGGCGGGCCGUCGAUCCUUCCCUUACCUGUCCUCCUGCCAGUCGCCGGCUCCACCAGUCCGCGGCCAGCCGGCCUGCGGGCCGCCCCUGCCUCAAUCUCGGGGCUCGCCCGUGCUGCCGAACUGUGGACCGCUGCCAGUGCCACCUACCGACGGUGGAGCGAACCAGACGCCCUAUCCUUACCCCUGCCUCCUCUCCAAGGAUGAGCUGUUCUAUCCCAAUAAGAGGCGAUCACCGAUGAAGAACGGGUAUGAAGUCACUUCGAUGGUCGGAGUCAACGGGUCGCCCUCGUUCAGUCGCCACAGCCACAGCUCGGCGGCGAGUCCGUGCCGGCCGGCCAGUCGUGAGGUCCGUAACCUGCACGAUCACCACCAGCUCUGGUAGCUGAUAGUCGGUGAUCGGUGCCGGUGAUCAGACGGGCGUCGGACGAGGCGGUGAGCGAGGAACCGCCGUGGGACGUACGACGUUCAGUAAGAGCAACACGAACACAGUCGCGUGGGGAGGAUGUAGGUUGCCUGCGUGUUCACAGGGCAGGGCAGGUGUCACUGUAUUGUAUAUUGCCUCAUGUAUAGACAUGCCCUGUGUUGCAGACGGGUGGUAGCUAAAAUUGGUAGCUUUAUAUGGGAACAAACACACCAGUUGCUACUGCGAGGCCAGGCAGAGUGGUGUCUGCGCGCCGGGCUCUGCCUGCCCCCCCCCCCCCCCCCCCCCCCUAAGACACCGCGUCAGGCACAAACAAUCCGUCCCAAUCGCUCCUCGCUUGCUGGCCGGAAAGCAGCUACUGAAGAUUCAUAAGCCGUGCGCCUCGUUAGGAAGACACCGCUGGAAACUGGAGAUUAUUAUAUAUCCGUCUACUUAAUGUUAUAAUGGCUGUUAGAGAGCUAACUUACUGGACUAGUGUAGGCCGCUGCAAACAAUUGGUCCGCUAGACGGAAUCGGACCGGACCGAACCAGUGGUGGCGUAUUUCGCGCUCGGCCGGGUCGGCCACCCACCAGUAUUAACCGCUGACGAGCGGCGCCGGAGCGGGCACCGUCACUGCCACCGCUGUCGCCUCCGCCGUCCACUACUGUCCGUUGUGCAAUCGUCAUGUGCCUGUAUUAACCUCCCCGGCUCGGUACAGCCGUGCCGGGCGCUCACUGACACCAAAGACGGCGUGCGCUGCGCCGCGACUCGUCACUGACCCACGUGCAAUCUCUGUAACCCACUCACGCUAGUCCUGUCUGCUCCCCGCUGAGUUACUCAUUUACUUGUGUCCCGUUGUGUCGUGCUUUCUCUGAAUACUCACCCUAAUCAUGGUUUCGGGACGGGCUACGCACGUUUUGGCAGCUAACGUCUCAGAUUAACAUAUUUAUGUGCUCACUCGUUUUAUAUUUUGCAAUGCAUAGAGGUGUAUGAGCCGUCGUGUAACUUGUCUUAGAUAAGUGCACUUAGCUGGUGGGUCCAGUGAAAUGGAAGCGUUUGCUGUCUUUAAAGUCAAUAAAUAGAAGUUUAAAUC